AUGACAGAUUUUCCUGUUAAAUCUCUCGCCCCUCCCUAUAUUUCUGUCCAUUCUCUUCUCCUCUCUUCCUAUUUUCUCGCAUUCUCUUCCUUUGUCACAUCCUGCAUAAAAAAUCAUUGGCUGAAUUUGGACUCCAUCCAGUCUUUGUUUGCAUAUCAUCUGAAGUUUCUUAGCAUGAUGCUAGUCAUGCCAUUCUCUCUUUUACUUAUUGUUGUGGACCAAAAUUGUGUUGACUAUUUGUAUACUUGUGACUGCUUUGGCUGCCCUUAUGAAGAAAUUGUUGGUACAAAUACUUUGAAAACAUUUCUUGAUCUUCCUUUCACUAUGGUUGUUAAAACUAGGUACUUGAGCGGACAGCCUACACAUGGAAUCUUUGCUAAUGAGACGAUAACAUUUGCCCAGACAAACGGCGAAGAGGCUAAAAUCCACAACAUACUAGUUGGAUGCAGCUCCCCUUCCGAUUUUGAAAAAUUCCAGGGUGUUGAUGGUCUUAUGGGCCUUGGAUACAACAACUAUUCCUUGACACUCAAAGCAGCUAAUAAAUUCGGAGGCAAGUUUUCGUACUGUCUAGUCAAUCGUUUCAGCACCCAAAACGUGUCAAGCUAUCUCAUUUUCGGUUCCCACGAAAGCAUAGAAUCUAUUAAAACACACGACAGAAUGCAACAGACGGAACUCGUCCUAGGUAUCAGUUCAUACUAUGGUGUAAACAUAAAGGGAAUUUCUGUAGGCAAAAAAAUGCUCAAAUUCCCAGAUGAAGUGUGGGAUGUGAAGAGUGGUGGAGGGAUGAUACUCGAUUCCGGUACAACCGCAACUUUAUUGACAGAACAUGCUUAUGAACCUGUAAUGGCAGCCCUAACGCCAUCAUUAAAGAAUUUUGCAAGAUCAAAUCUCACUAUUGGACAGUUCGAUUUCUGCUUUGAUGCAAAGGGAUAUAAUGAAUCUUUGGUGCCAAGAUUGGUGUUUCAUUUUGCAGAUGGAGCACAGUUUGAACCCCCAGUAGAAAAUUAUGUGCUUGAUGUGGGUGACGGGGUAAGGUGCCUGGGGUUUGUUCAAAUACCUUGGCCUGAUCAAUCUAUUAUUGGCAACAUCAUGCAACAAAAUCACUUGUGGGAAUUUGACCUUGCAAAUAGCAGACUGAGUUUUGGUAGCUCCUCUUGCACCUAG